AUGAAAAUUAUUAUUAAAACAUUAAGUGGAUAAAAUUUCCCUUUAGAUGUGGAAGGAACAGACACAGUAUUUUAUAUAUCUAAUAAAUUUAGAUUUAAGUUGUUAAAGAAAAAAUCUUUUAAUUGAAAUAAUUUGAAGUUGGACAACAAAAAUUAUUAAGAAAAGGAACACUUUUGGAUGAUAAAACAACUAUAAUGGAAUUGGGAAUUUAAGAAAAUGAAUUUUUAGUUGUCAUGAUUAAUGUCAAAGUAAUUUCUUAUGAUUACAAUAUUUAUAGAAAUCUGCACCAUAGCCAGCUUAGCAACCACCUUUAUAAUAACCAGCUCAAUAAUAGCCUGCUUAAUUACCUGCUUAAUAAUUACCACCAUAAUAAUAACCUUAACCUUAAGGGGCUUCAAUUCCAAAACCAGCAUCAUCAACUGGAACAGAUUUGUAAACUGGACCAGAAUAUGAAAAAGCUAUUGCAGAGUUAAUGUCUAUGGGAUUUUAAAGAGAAGAAUGUGUCAAUGCAAUGAAAGCUGCUUUUAAUAAUCCUGAUAGAGCAGUUGAUUACUUAUUAAAUGUAAUAAUAACCACUAUAAUUAGGGAAUUCCUCCUGGUGUUUCAUCAAAUCCAGCACCUCAAGUUGCUAGUGGAUAAGGAUAAAUACCCCCUGGAUUACCAUUUGCUUAACUAGCUUAAUAAUUUAGAUAAAUAUUUUAAUAGAAUCCUCAAGCUGCUAUUUAAUUAUUACCUUAAUUGCUCUAACAUCUCUAAUAAACCCAUCCAGAGUUGCAUUAAUAAGCUUCAUAAAACCCUGAGAUAUUAUUAUAACUUCUUAUGGGAGCUGGAUAAUAGGCUCCUCCCCAAGGAUCUAUUGCAUUAACUUAAUAGGAAGUUUAAGAUAUUGAAACUGUACUUAUUAAUAGUAUUCUAGAUCAUUGGGUUAGGUUUCACUAAAUAAGAUGCAUUAGAAGGUUACUUAGCAUGUGAUAAAAAUAUGGAAAUGGCUAUCAAUUAUUUAUUUGAGAAAUAAGCAAAUGGAGAUUUAUUUAGUAUUUUGUUUAUAAAACCUAGCCUAACAUGUUUAAAGAGAGCAAACAAAUCCCCAAAACUAACAGCCACCUGGCGGAAAUGACGGACCAAUGGACGAAGAUGAUGAUGACGAUGUUUAUUAAUGA